AUGGAAACAAGCGAAAGAGUUAGCUCAGGUGUGACUGUGAUAGGAGCAGAAGCUCCAUCAGCGUAUCAUAUGGCCCCGAGGCCCUCAGAGAGCCCUAACCAGUUUCUGGGGAAGAAGAAGAGGGGCAGACCUCGUAAAUACGAAGCCAAUGGUACUCCUCUUCCCAUGCGAAUCUCUUCAUCAGUGAAGAAGCGUGGAAGAGGCAAGCUUAAUGGUUUCGAUUCCAAAAUGCAUAAUAAGAGGAUGGGCUUCCACACUUCAGGUGAAAGGUUUGGGGUUGGCUCAAAUUUCACGCCACAUAUAAUCACAGUGAACACUGGUGAGGAUAUAAGCAUGAGAGUCAUAUCGUUUUCCCAGCAAGGACCUCGAGCUGUUUGUAUUCUGUCAGCAAAUGGAGUCAUAUCCAACGUCACCCUUCGCCAGCCUGAUUCCUGCGGUGGUACUCUCACCUACGAGGGUCUGUUUGAGAUACUGUCGCUGUCUGGUUCUUUCAUGGAAACAGAGAAUCAAGGUUCAAGAGGUCGGUCUGGUGGCAUGAGCGUCUCUUUGGCUGGUCCUGAUGGUCGUGUUGUCGGUGGCUGCGUGGCUGGUCUCCUCAUUGCUGCCUCUCCUAUUCAGGUUGUUGUUGGCAGUUUUGUAACGAGUGAUCAACAAGAAGAUGAGCAACCAAGGAUGCGAAAACUCGAUCAUACCUCUGCGACGGCCAUGUCAUCAUCUCCUCCUGCAACUUCUGUUUUCUCAGAGAGAGAGCAGCCUUCUUCAUCAUUCGGCAUUUCCAGCUGGACCAACGGACAGGACAUGCCGAGAAUCUCGCCCACUGACAUCAACAUUUCUUUACCGGCCGACUGA